AUGGGUGACGAUCUUUUCAAGGAGGCCAGAAAGGAGAGAGAUGACUUUGAGGAGUUGAUGAAUGCCUGUGAUCUGGCAAAGAUGUCCGUCAAGAACAAUGAAAUGGUUCACGGUCUUGAAACUUUCGGCGUCAAUCAUGGAGAAUCGUCGAGUGAAAACAAGCCAACCGAAAUUAUGAAAGUCGUGGCACCAACUGUGGAGGCCUAUGUUGGCAGUUCAAGCUCUACAACAGUCACAAAACCAAGCGGAGGAGCGGUGGAUGGAAUUGACCAAAAGGAAGUACGUCAGGACGGAACAAGUGUGCAGAAGGAUGACAACGGUUUCAUCUUCUACAAAUGCCGCUUCUGUGGACUCACGUUCAACUUCAUGAACACUCUCCGCGCACACGAAAGAAUACAUGACGUCUCCCAGCCAUAUGUUUGUGGAAAGUGUGGAGAAUCGUAUGAAUUCGCAUGCCAACUAGAAUACCAUGCUGCUCAACACUCAGAAAUCGACGGAUUCAAAUGUGAUUGUGGAAGGACAUUCUUCUCCUACACAGAAAUGCUCUAUCACAAGCACACAGAUGAUCCUAUUGAAUUAAUAGGUGCCCCAGAAACAACUACUGUCCUGGUGAACAAAAAGAAGAUCAUCCCAGUGACCGAACAAGAUCUCCCACAACCAGCGUUUGUCACAGAAGGCUAUGAACCAAAGCAUCCACUCCGAGUGUACAGCGACGUCCGUUCCAAGCCAUACAUCUGCGAAUACUGCUCCAAGAGCUACUCGGACAGUCGAGGAUUGGCCUAUCACAUGUACAGUCAUCGUGGAGAGAAGCAAUUCAAUCCACGUGCGUCUCGGUAUAUGAUGGGAAGAGAAGGUGUCGGAUACACUGACUCCAGAAGCUACUACCUGUUUCCAAGAACCAGUGGAUAUGUGUCGCCGAGAUUCUGA